AUGAAAAGUCACGCGUGUCUGUAUCCCGCUUGUGGGAAGCGAUUCACUCGUGCUGAACAUCUGCGGAGACAUGCUCUGAACCAUGAACAAUCUCGAAACGGAUUUACCUGUGAGCGUUGUGCUGUUCACUUCCAACGCCAUGAUCUUCUAGCGAGACAUAUGAUGCGGCAUACGAAGCGGGACGAAGAAGCGGGCGGGCCAGGAAUGGGGGUGUUGAAAACGCGGAAGAGAGUCCGAAGAACCGGGGAUGGAUCCAUUAUUGUACGGCCGUCUCAACGGGAAUUGCGUUUCGCGGCAAGAUCUACGACAUCUACUACCAGUUCCGACCGGAGAUUGGAAGAAUACGAAGACGAAGACGACGAGGCCGAAGAGGCCCAGUUUGUAGAUGAGGAGCCUUUAUCACCACCCAUUUCAGGGACGGACCAUAAUGCUCUGUCGAUUGAUGAGAAUGAUCCAUUUUUGGCUCCAAUGACGCCGGGUGGGCCUUUUGAACCCUUUGUCGAGCCUGUUCCAGACCAAUUUGACGCGGCCGAUGGAUCCUUCAGUAUGGGUCUGGAUGGCAUGAGCGAUUUCUUUGGAAUGGAUACUGCGACUGACUUUAACCUCGCAUUUGCGGCAACCUGUAAUUAUAAUUGGCUGUUCAACGUGACCUCUCUCGACGACGCCUUUCACCAAUUCGACUAUCCUCUGGGAUUCGACGCCAAUACCUUCCCAGACUCAAUCAACACCGACAGUCAUGCUCUCGAGAAAUACGAUGGUCCAUCAAUGCUCCUGGAGGUGGCUUCGAUGAUGAACAAAGUCUCCACUCCACGCACACCAUCUCCAACCUCCCCCGAUCUUCUCGACAUGGACUGGAUGUCCGGGUCAUCCCAUCUAGGCCCUGACCCUCCACAACGUCUACCGCGACUAUCUGAAGAUACCCAGAGAGGGAUUCUAGCCCUCGUAGCUCAAGCACAAGCCACUGGAAUCGAUGGACAACCAAUGGCUCUCGAUUCACAUUUACUUAGUCUACCUGCACUGCAAGGCUACUGUGAUCUCUUCUUCACUCGGUUCAAUGUAACUUAUCCGCUCAUUCACCAAGCAACCUUCAACCCAAAUACUGUCGAACCCAUCCAUCUGGCCGCGAUCUUGUUCAUGGGCGCUACUUAUAGUACCAGAGAAGCUCACCAGCUAGCGGUGGGAGUCCAUGAUAAACUCCGAAAUCAACUACUAUGCCAUAAUGACUUCUCACCACAGCCCGAUCUCUGGGUCUUGCAGACUAUGCUUCUGAUCGAUUGCUUCGGCAAGAUGAGAGCGGGUCCCAAGCAGCGAGAAAAUGCACAGCUAUUCCAUUGUAUUUUGAUCAAAUUGAUUCGUCGGAGCAAUUGUUGCAAUAUUCAGGACUUGUCUCAUCUGGCGAGUGCUGAUGAUCUGGAUCAGGCGUGGAGACAGGCCAUGGACGCGGAGCAGAGGAAACGUCUAGCAAUGCAUUGUUUCAUGUGGGAUACUCAGCUCGCUGUAUUGUUCUCGCAGUCCCUGUGCAUGUCGGCGUUCGAGAUUAGAUCUUCCCUACCUUGCAACUCAACUACCUGGGAGGCCUCUUCUGCUUGUGAAUGGGCACACUCUGCUAUCCGUGAAUCAAACCGCCACUUCCUUAGUGUUUUGAAGGGUUAUAUCACACCCGGGGCCGUUGCUCGACCGCGAGACUUGAAUGUGUUCGCACGCACAGUGGUUCUGCACGGGUCAAUGUCCAUUUCGGCAGAUCUGAAACGCCGCGAUCAGACAACACUGCGAUCGGAGACGCCCGAGAAAGUCGGGGCAUGGACUCCGCGAAUGAGUCGGUCCUAUGCUCUCUGGAAAGUUGACUUUGAUGCGAAUUUCCUCGCUAUGAAACUGACGCAGACCUCCGAUCCCCGUCGCUUCACCGGGUUGAAGAUGGCCGCACAUGCUCUCUACCAUGCUGCGUGUCUGGCUUUGAAUGUUGAGAUCUUGGAUUUGCAGGUUGUGGCAGGUGCAAUGCAGAUUCUUGGACGAGUCGUUACUCAUGCCGAUCAAUCACGUUCACAGCGGAUGAUUCUUCGCUGGCUCCAUGAGGGAUCUGAAGCAUCCUCUGUUGCUGCGAGACAUGCUUCACACCUCUUCAGGAUGCUGUGCUGA